UAUUUUCCAAGGCGUUUCCGGCGUGGAGGUGGGGAGCCACGUCGUAUACCCGCUCGCUAGCCAGAGUCCUCCAGAGACCCCGAUCUGUUCCCCAAUCUCGCGGCCGCUCCACCACCACCGCCCUCCGCUCCGGUCGCCGAAGUCCCCGAUUCAGAUCCAGGGCCUGGGAGAUGGACGGGAGCAGGCGCCAGAGCGGGAUCCAGCAGCUGCUGGCCGCGGAGCAGGAGGCACAGCAGAUCGUCAAUGCGGCUAGGGCUGCUAAGUCGGCAAGGCUUAGGCAAGCGAAAGAGGAGGCUGAGAGGGAAAUAGCUGAAUACCGUAAACAGAUGGAGGCUGAGUUCGAGAGGAAGGUUGCAGAGAGCAGCGGUGACUCUGGUGCAAAUGUCAAGCGUCUCGAGCAGGAGACAGCGGCGAAGAUCGAACAGCUCAGCCAACAGGCUGCAAGCAUCUCCCCAGAAGUCAUCCAGAUGCUCCUGAGGCAUGUCACCACCGUGAAGAACUGAGCCUUGCCGUGCCUGAAAAUAUGAUCGCAAGCUUGUAUCAUCUGCCCAUUUAUUAUUUCGGAGAGCGUGGUGAGAAAUAAUUUGACUUAUGGCUGUAAUUCCUUGACCACGGAAUAAGCUGCCGCAGUAGAGCAGCAACCGUGCCUGGUACUAUCAGAACUUGCUCAUUGUUUGGUAUAUUGGUAAAUAUUUUCUUCAUGUUCGAAUUUUGAACA